AGUCCUUGGAAAAUUAUCAAGCAACUUCUCAAAAACUUUCAGCAAUAAAGCCUAAUGUUCAAGCAAAAUCUAUUGAAAUUCAAGAUUCACAAAUAUUAUUAUCAGCAAAACUCAUUACUUUUAAAGGAAUUGUCAAUAGCGGAAUAGACGAAAAUAAGAAAGGGCUUCUAAAAAUGUAUGAUGACACAAUUACUGAGGCAACAGUUAACUAUCAUGUCAAUUUGCCUCAAAUUGCUGUCAGUCUUAAUAAGAAUCCUCUAAUCGAUACAACCACAUAUAGUUUUAGCAGAGAUUAG